AUACAGCCCUGCAGAACUGUCAUUUCAGAACACCGAUCGGUGUGUAGUACUUCCGCCCCAAAGACAGCAGCUUUCUUUUUACUUCUGUCGAGGAAACAAUAAGCAACAUGAGUUCCCUCAAGCUUCAGAAGAGGCUAGCAGCCUCGGUUAUGCGAUGUGGCAAGAAGAAGGUCUGGUUGGAUCCUAACGAAAUCAACGAGAUCGGCAACACCAACUCCCGCCAGAGCAUCCGUAAGCUGAUCAAGGAUGGUUUGAUCAUCAAGAAGCCCGUCGUGGUGCACUCCCGUUUCCGCGUCCGCAAGAACACACUUGCCCGCCGUAAGGGGCGUCACUGCGGCUACGGAAAGAGGAAAGGUACGGCCAAUGCCCGUAUGCCCCAGAAGUUGCUGUGGAUGAACCGCAUGCGUGUCCUGCGUCGUCUGCUCAAGAAGUACCGAGAGGCCAAGAAGAUUGACCGUCAUCUGUACCACGAUCUGUACAUGCGCGCGAAGGGUAAUGUGUUCAAGAACAAGCGUAUCCUGAUGGAGCACAUCCACAAGCGAAAGGCCGAGAAGGCUCGCAGCAAGAUGCUGAGCGAUCAGGCCGAAGCCAAGCGUAACAAGGUUCGCGAGGCCCGCAGACGUCGUGAAGAGCGUAUCGCCAACAAGAAGCAGGAACUGCUCCAGACCAUUGCCAAGGAGGAGGAAACCGCACAACAGGUUGCGGCCACCGGCAAGAAGUAAGCGGCUGAUGGAGGAGGACACUUUCUACUGGAAGAGAGGGUGAACAUUUGUGUGAAUUUAAGUGAAGAUCGUAUUUUUAAGAAAGUUCAAACGCGAUACAAAAUAUUCAAUAACCCCUGGUUGGGAGAGAUAUGUUUGGAACCGGCGCUUUGACUUCAGAAAUGGUUGCACGGUGGUUUUGAAUAUAUUUCUUCAGAAAGAACUAA